AUGGACGAGAUGGUUCUGUCAAAAAUAUGUGGCGGGAGACAACCGGAUAGGGAAGUGUCGCGUCACACGAAGUCACACAAGUCAAAGACAGGGGUCUUGUUGCCCCCACGCACCGCAGGACUCUACGAGGAGCUCCUCAAGGCAGAGACCGCAGAGUUGAACAGGCAGCCACAGCCGUCAUGGGAGAGACUGUUGGAAAUCCGACAUCUCAAGGAACGCAUGAUACGGAAAUGUCAAAAAUCAUGUAAAGCAGCCCCAGUGAAGAGAUUAGGACGAGGGGAAUCGUUUGCAUUCCAAACAUUCAUUGCACCGUCGGAUUUCAGGCUGAAGGAGAUGGAGAAGUGGUUGAAACAGCAUGAGGGACGCGACGGCUACCCCUCCGUCAACUUGUCGUCAUUUGCUGGUAGAAGUAUCACUAGAGAUGCAGCGAAGAGGAAUUCCUACUGUUGCCAUCGAUGUUCAAAGCCCAAUUGUAUAGAAGACCACAAAGCUGGUACAUCUGCCGGCAAUUCCCCUGCACCAGCGGGAACACCUUUGCUACGCCCUUCGUCUCCAGGUGGCUCUGGGGACGACGACUCCGACGUCGAAGAUGACCCCGCCCAUACGUCUCGCUACGCCAAUGGUGUCAGCCCGUCCCCUCCUCUCCAGAUCCCUGAGCCAAUCACCCAACCAGUGCCCUCGCUGCCCCGAACUUCCGUAACCUCCCCGGAACCCAUUCCAGUUCCUUAUCGGCCACGGUCAUUGGUCGAUGCCUCAGGCGAAAUCAUAAUGCCUCCCAUCGACAACAAUGAUAUGUACUACGAUGGAGCCGCUCCAGAAGAGCCACUUCAGACCCCAGAACCCGUACAGAUGCCAUUACCAGCUAUACCCGAGGAAGGGGGCUCACCCUCAAACAAAUACAUACCCCCUCCACUCCGCACGCGUCGAAGUUGCUUAAAGCGCGCUCCCAGUGUCGACAACCUCAAGACUGUUUCGUGGGCUGAUGACCGCGAUUUGACCAAUCAGCUGACAAAGUACACCAACGCCGUGAAGGAGGCUGAAGACUCUGGCCGACAAUGGCAGGAUAUGUAUACAGAACAGAUGAAUGCCUUAGACUCCCUUCACAAUCAUGUCAUCGAAGGCCUAGAAAGGAUUCGCCUCGAAGCUGAAUAUCUGCGCGGCGUAGAGGAAACCAUCGCGACACAACGCCGGGCACUAGAAGUCAGACAUAUUGAAUUCCAAGGCAAAGUUCAAAAUGCUUUCCAAGAGGCAGAUCACACCCUUGUUGUAUGUCGCGCCAAACGCGAGCCCCAGCCCAAUAUAUAG